AUGCGCCCCAAUCCCAAACACCUAAUUGACUUCUUCGCCCGCUCGCUCACGUCCUUCCAAUCCUCGCCCGACGUCUUCCGCAUCCUCUGCACCCUGCCGCACAUCAACCAAGAACCCGGUCCCCGACGACCAGCAGCAGCGCCGCCGCCGCCGUCGUCGUCGAGAGUGAAGCGCCUGGUGGUCCUUGACUCGAGCUUCAAUCCGCCGACGAGGGCGCACGCGGAGAUGGCGCGGUCUGCUCUGAAGUGGGCUGCUGCUGCUGCCUCGUCUGCGCCUCUGGAGAAGAACGAGGAUGACGACGAUGGGAGAGGGAGCGUGAGGUUGCUGCUGUUGCUUUCUGUGAAUAACGCGGACAAGGCGCCGAAGCCGGCGAGUUUCCCGCUGCGGCUGGGCAUGAUGGAUGGGUUUGGGCAUGAGCUUCUGAGGAGCCUUGAUGGCUUGGAAGAAGAGGGAGGGGAUGGGGAGGGGCGAGGUGUGUUGAGGAGGCCUGAGAUUGAUCUUGCGGUUACGAAGAUGCCGUAUUUUCAUGAAAAGGCGAGGGUCAUUGGGGAGAGCGGGGUGUAUUCUUCUUCUUCUUCUUCUUCUUCAUCGAAGAGACACGAGCCGGAGCAAGUGUUUCUGGCGGGCUUUGACACGGUGAUACGGAUCUUCAACCCAAAGUAUUACGGAGAAGGAGAAGGGGGGAUGAAGGCUGCGCUGGGCCCGUUCUUUGACAGGGCGAGGCUGAGAGUCACGAUGAGGACGGACGACGAGUGGGGAGAGGAGGACGAGCAGCGGGCGUACGUGAGGGGGCUUGGGGAGGGCGCGCUGGACGAGCUGGGGGGGGAUGCGGCGUGGGCUGGGAGGGUUGAUUUGGUGGAGGGG